AUGUUGAAAAUAACAACUGCUUGGAAAGCUCUGGCAAGAGUGGGACUUUCAAGAAGAUCGAUCUCCUUGACCGCGUACCACAAGGAGAUCCUUAAGACAUUACCAGAUACCCCGGUGGUGGUGAUUGGUGGGGGACAUGCUGGUUGUGAAGCGGCCACCGGAUCCGCAAGAACUGGGGCCUCCACUACGUUAAUCACCCCGAAAUUCGAUAAGAUUGGGACUUGCUCUUGUAAUCCUGCCCUUGGUGGGGUGGGUAAAGGUACUUUGCUUCGAGAAAUCGAUGCGUUGGACGGGGUAGCCGCCAGAGUCACCGAUGAAGCAGGGAUCCAUUACAAAUUAUUAAACGCCUCGCGAGGCGCGGCGGUUUGGGGCCCAAGAGCCCAAAUCGAUAGAAAAUUAUAUUUGAAAGCGAUGCAACAAAUUAUUGGGAGCUAUCCGAAUUUGUCAGUGUUGGAAGGAAGCGUAGAGGACGUGAUCAUUGACCAGCAUGAUGAUGCCAAUAACAACCACGGAAGUGUCAAAGGGGUGAUCUUGGAGGACGGAAGAAUUAUUAAAACUUCAAAAGUCGUGAUUACUACCGGAACCUUCCUCAGUGGAGAAAUCCACAUUGGUAUGAAAGCUACUCCUGCAGGAAGAAUUGGUGAGAAACCGACUUAUGGGAUCAGUAGAACUUUGAAAGAUGCCGGGUUCAAACUCGGAAGAUUGAAAACCGGUACUCCACCAAGAAUAUCUGGGAAAGGGAUAGAUUAUUCCAAAGUGACUCCACAAGGGUUCGAUAACCCUGCUCAGCCAAUGAGCUAUAUGAAUGAUUCGGUACCGAUUGGUAACGAUAACCAAAUAUUGUGUUAUCAAACAAAAACUAAUCAGGCAGUCCAUGAUUUGGUGAAAAAAAACCUUCAUAGAUCAAUCCACAUUCGUGAAGAUAUUAAAGGCCCAAGAUAUUGUCCGUCGUUCGAGGCCAAGCUCAAGAAAUUCCCCGAUAAGGAUCAGCAUAUCAUUUGGUUGGAACCAGAAGGGCUCGAUUCCGACGUGAUAUACCCUAAUGGGAUCUCCAAUACCAUGCCAGAAGAGAUCCAAGAACAAAUGAUGAAGUUGUUACCGGGGUUGGAGAACGCCGAGAUGUUACAGCCUGGUUACGGGGUGGAAUAUGAUUACGUGAACCCAACUCAGUUACGACAAACUUUGGAGACCAAGUUCGUCACCGGAUUAUACUUAGCAGGGCAAAUCAACGGGACCACCGGUUAUGAAGAAGCGGCGGCCCAAGGGGCCGUCGCAGGGAUCAAUGCCGGGUUGAGUUAUUUUGGUAAAGAUCCAUUAAGAAUCUCCCGAUCUCAAGCGUUUAUCGGGGUGGUGAUCGAUGAUUUGACCACCAAAGGGGUGACGGAACCGUACCGAAUGUUUACCUCUCGUUCAGAAUUCCGAUUGAGCGUGAGAUGUGAUAAUGCCGAUGAUCGGUUGACGGAAAUUGGCAGACAAAUUGGGGUGGUGAGCGAUGAGCGUUGGAGCCGGUACUUGAAUGACAAAUUCCUCCAAUCACAACUUAUAUCAAAACUCCAAGCAACAAAAUUACCGCUGAGUGUCUGGUUACAAUAUUUCCCAUGGGCCAAGCUUGGCCCCCACGGGGUCAGUGGGCUCAAAAUGAUGUUGGCCAAAGAUGUAACUAGUGAAAAAGUAAUAGAGAUAUUAAACAACAAUAAGACCCCGACAGAAUUCCUGGAAGUAAUUAAUGAUAUCCCCAAAAGAAUUCUCGACAAAGUAACGGUAAGAGGCAAAUACUCUACCGGCUUGAACCGCCAAGAUCCAUACUUGAAAGCUUUUAAUGCCGAUGAAAGCUUGCUAUUGCCACAAAAUUAUGAUUAUUCAUCCUUGAGUUUGGGGUUCGAGGCCACAGAAGCAUUGAACACCAUUCAACCAGAAACUAUUGGUCAAGCAAGAAGAACCGAAGGGGUAACGGCAGCAACGAUAUUUGCAUUAUACAGAUUAGUGAGAUUUGAACAAGGAAAUUUGCGAUCCCAAAAGGCCAAUUGA